AUGGAAGACGGAAAGAACGCCAACCCUCUCAUUCUCAACCCUUCAGACUUGCCGACGCGGAGACGACGGCCAUCAACACGAAAAAAUCACUCUGUCGGGGAUGUGACCUUUGCCUAUCCCGCGCCAUCAUUCGACAAUGAUCCAUUCAUGCGGUCUUCAAGCCCCUCGUCGAUAGAGGGAAGCGACAGUGAUGCGGAGGAUGAGCCGAUUGAUGCGCAAGAAAUAUAUGACUUAAUUGCUACAAUGUCAGACCCCGAACAUCCCAUCACGCUGGGGUCGUUGGCCGUCGUAUCGCUCCCCGAUAUAUCGAUCAAGCCCACCAUUCCGAGCCGGCCCAACUCCAAUCUCCAGACCGUCACCGUCUUGAUCACACCCACAAUACAACAUUGCAGCUUGGCCACCGUGAUAGGCUUAGGAGUGCGGGUGCGGUUGGAGGAAUCUCUGCCACCAAGAUUCAGGGUGGACGUACGGAUAAAAGAAGGCACACAUUCUACUGCAGACGAGGUGAAUAAGCAAUUGGCCGAUAAGGAGAGAGUAGCGGCGGCACUAUGGAACCCGACUCUACAGAGCUUCAUCAAGAAAAUGCUCGAAACAUGUGAAUGA